CCACGGAAAACAAGCGCUACCAUCCAGCGCCUGGGGCUGCAGAGCCGAGAGGGGAGGGGGAGGCAAAGGGGGGGGUACUUAGCCCCGCCCCGCCCCGCCCUCCCAGGCCUGCCAUUGGGCCGCUCGAGCAGCAAUCGGCUCCCGGCGGCCGGCACCGCCCAAUCUGGGCUCGGGGCGGGGGGAGUCGCUGCCCGGGCUCGGAGGGGGGAGCAGGCGGCUCCCGGCGCAGGGCGCAGCUCUGGGGCUCGGGCGUGCGGGGCUCGCGGUCGCCCCCGUCCCUCCCGCUUCCUUCACUUCCCCUCCCCCCCGCGCCCGCCCCCGCCCCGAGCGGCCCGGCUCCGGCUGUCACCUGUGCCCCGGCCCGAGCCCCCGCGCUCCCCUGGGCGCGGGCCCGAGAGCGCCCAGCCCGGCCGGCUCCGGACGAUUAGUGGUUAUUUAUAGCGAGGGGCGGCGAGGGGAGGGGGCGGCGGGGGAGGAGCCGCGGAGGGAGGCCGGCCAGCGCGCUCCCGCCCGCCCGCCCGCCUGCCCCAGCUCUCCCGGGCCGGGCUGGGCCGGGCUGGGCCGGGCCGCGGGCUCCGACUCCGCGUCCUUCGGCGGCAUCGAGGACCCGAGCGCCCGGCAGGAGGCCAGGAGGCGGCGGCACGUGGGCCCCGGGCCGGGAGCUGGAGGGGCUGCGCGCCCAGAGGUGGGAGACAAGGAUGCCCAGAUCUGACAUGGAAGCGUCUCAGCUAGGAGGACCCCAGAGGGUGCUGUAGCAGCCAGUGCAGUGACAGGUGGGCGGACCAGGCCGGGCAGCUCCUCCCCUUGGGCCGGGGACCAUGAUGCAGAAGAGGAAGGGGGUCCUGGGAGGUCAGGCCAAGCUGCGGAGAAAGCAGGCUUUGCCCUAGAGGGGCCGCACCACCGUUUCUCCCAGGGGCCGGGGAGCGCCAUGAGAGGCCGGGAACCAGCGGUCCAUCUGUGGCUGCCCGUCCGCGGGUCUUCCCCCCCUUGCCGGGACUGAGCCGGCUGGCACCGAUCUUGUGUCCCCUCCCCUGGGGCGCGCCCGGCCCGCGGCCUCACAGCUUCCACCGCCUGCCGCGUGCCCGCCUCAGCUUCCCGCCCUCAGCCAGCCACCCACUGCUGUACCAUGGGAUGUCGGCAAAGCUCGGAGGAUAAAGAGGCAGCUCGGCGGUCCAGGAGGAUUGACCGCCACCUGCGCUCGGAGAGCCAGCGCCAGCGCCGCGAGAUCAAGCUGCUGCUCCUGGGCACCAGCAACUCAGGCAAGAGCACCAUCGUCAAGCAGAUGAAGAUCAUCCACAGUGGGGGCUUCAACCUGGAGGCCUGCAAGGAGUACAAGCCCCUGAUCGUCUACAACGCCAUCGACUCGCUCACGCGCAUCAUCCGCGCGCUGGCCGCUCUCAAGAUCGAGUUCCACAACCCCGACCGCGCCUAUGACGCCGUGCAGCUCUUUGCGCUGACAGGCCCGGCCGAGAGCAGGGGUGAGAUCACCCCCGAGCUGCUGGGGGUCAUGAAGCGGCUCUGGGCGGACCCCGGGGUGCAGCAGUGCUUCUGCCGCUCCAGCGAGUACCACCUGGAGGACAAUGCGGCCUACUACCUGAACGACCUGGAGCGCAUCGCCGCACUGGACUACAUCCCCACCGUGGAGGACAUCCUGCGCUCACGUGACAUGACCACCGGCAUUGUGGAGAACAAGUUCACCUUCAAGGAGCUGACCUUCAAAAUGGUGGACGUGGGGGGGCAGAGGUCAGAGCGCAAAAAAUGGAUUCACUGUUUCGAGGGUGUGACAGCAAUAAUCUUCUGCGUGGAGCUGAGCGGCUACGACCUGAAGCUCUACGAGGAUAACCAGACGAGUCGGAUGGCCGAGAGCCUGCGCCUCUUUGACUCCAUUUGCAACAACAACUGGUUCAUCAGCACCUCCCUCAUCCUCUUCCUGAACAAGAAGGACCUGUUGGCCGAGAAGAUCCGGCGCAUCCCGCUCACCGUCUGCUUCCCUGAGUACAAGGGCCAGAACACCUACGAGGAGGCGGCCGUCUACAUCCAGCGCCAGUUCGAGGACUUGAACCGCAACAAGGAGACCAAGGAGAUCUACUCGCACUUCACCUGCGCCACCGACACCAGUAACAUCCAGUUUGUCUUUGACGCGGUCACGGAUGUCAUCAUUCAGAACAAUCUCAAGUACAUCGGCCUCUGCUAGGAACGCCUGGGGAUGGAUGGGUCCGUUUGCCUGUGGUGAAACCGGUGGAGGCCAGUCUGCCCCCCGCGGGGGCGCCGCUCCACCAGGGGCAGCCCUGGAAGGCCAAAGGAGAAAGGUGGGGGGCCAGGGGGAAGCUGAGCCAUGCUCACACCUCUCGCCAUUUCCCUCUCCCUCACGUUUUUUGCAAAAGUACCUAUAUAUACUCAAAUAUA